CUGCCUCGCCGGCUACUUCUUACUCCGCCUCCCGUUCCUUCUCCGUCGGCUGAUCCCGCGCCAGGUUUUCACUCUCGCCUCGCAGCGCCCCUCUCUUCCCUGUCUCUCUUCUCCCCGAUCCAAAGCGGAUUUCGAAAGGCUGCCCGCAACAGGCGGAGGCGGGCUCCGCGCCCUGGACGGGUCCGGGAGGCGGCGGCGGCAAAUGGGGAUCUGAAAGCGAGGAUGGCGAGGAGGAGGUGACUUUCCAGCUGCGCUCCGGAUCCCGGGUCCCGUCGCCACCCGGAGCGCCCAGAGUGCCAAAGGCGGACUUCCCAAGGAGCAAGCAGCAAACUGGAGGAAAAAGCAAACUGGAUCUGAGGGGAAAUGUGACAUUAGGAUUUCGUAUUCCAACUCCGAAGUAUCCUUAGUGAUCUUCCAGAAUGGAGGAACUUUAAAGCUUGGCACUGCCAGGACCUAGGAGGCACCGAACAGUUUGUAUUGGUCUGAAAAGAUGAAUCACACCAACUUCACGCCAGAAGCCGACGUGGCUGUCCGAUCCAAAACCAUCACCGAAAACAUGCUUAUUACCGUGUCUCUGUCCAUAAUUACAACCUUGACAAUGCUGCUGAACUCUUCCGUCAUUUCGGCAAUCUGCCUGACGAAGAAGCUGCACCAGCCUGCCAACUACUUGAUCUGCUCGCUGGCUGUUACAGACCUGCUUGUCGCCGUUUUGGUCAUGCCCUUGAGUAUCACAUACAUCGUGAUGGAAAGGUGGACUUUGGGAUACUUCCUGUGCGAGAUAUGGCUGAGCAUAGACAUGACCUGUUGCACGUGCUCGAUCCUUCACCUUUGCGUCAUCGCGCUGGAUCGAUACUGGGCCAUUACAAAUGCGAUCGAGUACGCCAGGAAGAGGACGGCCAAGAGAGCUGGAGUUAUGAUUGGCACAGUGUGGACAAUAUCCACGUGCAUCUCCAUGCCUCCUUUGUUUUGGAGAAACCACAGCGCCGACACCAAUUCCAGCGAGUGUCAGAUUCAGCACAACCACGUCAUCUACACCAUUUACUCUACGUUUGGGGCCUUUUAUAUCCCUUUGACCCUCAUAUUGAUUCUCUAUUACAGAAUCUACCACGCGGCAAAGAGCCUCUACCAAAAACGAGGGUCGAGCCGGCACCUCAGCAGCAGGAGCACCGACAGCCAAAACUCAUUUGCGAGUUGCAAGCUCACGCAGACCUUCUGCGUCUCAGACUUCUCCACAUCAGACCCCACCACGGAAUUUGAUAGGAUGCAUGCUUCGGUGAGGACCUCCCCCUUUGACAACGACCUGGAUUUGGUUGGAGACCGUCAACAGAUUUCCAGUGUGAGGGAGCGAAAGGCUGCACGCAUCCUGGGCCUCAUUUUAGGCGCCUUCAUUUUGUCUUGGCUGCCAUUUUUUAUCAAGGAGCUCGCUGUGGGCCUUCAGCUUAGCACCGUAUCGGCGGAAGUGGCUCACUUUCUGACGUGGCUGGGUUAUGUGAAUUCUCUUAUCAAUCCUCUCUUGUACACUAGUUUUAAUGAAGAUUUUAAACUUGCCUUUAAAAAACUCAUUAGAUGCUGGGAACACUCUUAAAAAUGAUUGUGGACAGCUACCAUGUGACUUAUUGGCCUUAAAUAUGAGCUGUGGGGGAGGGAGGGAGGGGAUAUCUGAAACUGGAAACCUGUUUGAGUUUAUUUAUUUAUUAGCUUCGUUUGGAGGUUUUUUGCUCAUAAAAAAGGGCUUUGUUUUGCUUGUCUUUUUAACUUAAUUGCUCCUUAGCUUGUAAAUCUGUACUGCUGUUUUCUACCUCUCUGUACCAUGAGCAUAUGAGUUUCUAUACUAUGAGUCUGAAAUACAUUUAAUUACACAGGCCUCUCCCCCCCCUCUUAUUUUAAGACGACACAUGCAAAAUAAAGAGCCCCGUUCAAAAGUUGUAUUGCUGCCACUUCUGAUAAAUGAAUAGCCCUAUCCCCCUUCCCAGGCACACUGACACUUCAGCAUAGCAGCCGUUAUUUACAACAGAGGGCCUAGUACACAGACCCACUCCUCGUUCUUGCUCAAACUAGCCUAGCCUGAAUGUGAUCUGGUGCCUCUCCCUGUAAACAUUGGCUGACAUGCCAUAGGGGAUGGGAGUGAACCCACUUCUAAAGCACAGCUGUGCCUAUGAGAGAGAAUACCUUAUAAUUUCUUUCAAAAAUUGUAACUAUACAGACAGGCAUGCUGUAUAUGUGGUCAUAUCCAAAGCAGCCAGCCUCUUCUUGCAAAAACUUUCACCUGUGCAAUGGAACUUCCUGUCAGGACUGGCUCCAGGUUUUGGGGGGCCCUUAGCCCUCCUCUUCCUCUUUGACCCCCCUCUCCCUCUUGGCCCCAACCAUGUGACCAAACUUUAUACAGGCAGGAGAGAGUUUUAGGACACGAUAACUGUACAUUGAUUAACAUUUCCACAUGCAGUGCUAUUUUUCUAGAAAAAGAGGUGCCAACACUCACCAUGAAUGCCUCGCUUGUUCUCUUAGAAUGCCAAUGGCACCUACCUGUGAGGUACCAGAACUUAGUUCAGGCCAGUUCCAGCAGAAAAAAGCCCUGCCUACACAGAAAUAAAUCCUUCUGUAUAUGGAGGGCCUGAUGAGCAGGUACAAGAUUGCAGCCGAAAUUGGUUAGUCUUGCAGGUGCUAGGCAGAACUGUUCACAAGAAACCUAAAAAGCUUCUAGAGUAGCCCCUCCACCCCAGGCUGUUCACUUCCACAUCUUUUUUUCAAGAAUGUGAAAUAAGGUGAAAGGAUAUUAGUGGCUUAGGACCUCAAAGACCAGGGUCCAAAUCGCCACUCAGUCAUGAAGUUGACUGGGUAACCCAGGGCUAGUCGCUGUCUCUCAGCUGAGACCUCACAGGGUUGUUGCGAGAAUCAAAUGGGGGAAGAGAAGAGGCAUGAAUGCAACCUUGAGUUCUUUGGAGGAAAGUUGGGGCAUCAGUAUAAUAAGAAGCAAAUAAAUAAGUCUGUCUCUACCCCGCAGGUCCCAAAAGCCUAAUAAUGGUCCCACUAAAUCCAAUAAGCCCAUAACAAGCUGGGGGAAAUAAUUUAAUCCUAGAAUUUAAAGAGACACGCCUUUGAAGAGAUACACAUAAUUGGGCACAUAACAAGCAGAAACGAAACAGGUGAGUUCCCCCUGGCCCAUGAGGCUCCAAACCAAGCAUAUUACCUGCCAGUAAGCCUCAUUCAACACAGUGGGAGUUACUUCUAAUUCAAUAUGCAUUGGAUUAUGUAAUGAUAGGUAGGUUUCACCUUAACAAUGUCUUCUGUGAAGUAGUGAAGGCAGGGAGGAGAAAGAGUUGUUAACCAAGAAUGCAUGCAUGUUUGUUUUCUCACCAGCAAGUGAACCAACUGCUCUUAAGCUCUCUCCAAUGGGUUAGGAGGAAUACCUGGAUAUGGGGGCUGAUGCUGGAGGGCAAAAGUAGCAAAAAGUU